AUGACCGCCGACGUUCCAAGCUCUCUGAACUGGGUCUCCUUCGUUACGGGGAUCCUAUCUUUCGCCCUGACAAUCCUCAACUUGAUCGCUUUAUACGCCAACUUCGUCGCUACUAUCCGCUCCGCUCCUAGCGAUAUCCGAGACUCUUUAGGAAACCUCCGACAGCAACUAUGCGAGGAACGAGAGGCACUGCGACACCAGACGAAGGAACUACGGUCCAAGAGCAAAUUCCGCCAGCGGGUGUCGAGCAUCGGCGAUAGGCUAGCCAGUCACGAGGCCCUUAAGGCGUUUGCCUACGCCGAGAAGACUCUGCCUCUCCAUUACAUAACGUUGCGGGACCUCUGGUGCAGCUUCAAAGAAAUUGAGAGGCCCUUUCUCGUCGCGAGCGGGUACCGCGCCGAGGCCAUUCACAACGGCGCGGCCUGGGUCGAAGAGGACCUUGAUGAGAAGGUCCGUCCCGACUUGGAGAGGCACGGCGAGGCGGGAAGUUUUGCAGACUGGAGUGCGCUGUAUAAAUGUGACUUUGUGCACCGAUUCAUCUGGUGGCAGGUCAAGGACGAUGUGAGGAGGCUGUCGGAUGAGGUUGGGCGGAUCAUGGCGCGGCGGACGGAGAGAGAGGUGACUUAUACCCGGAUGAUGGUGAAGCAGAUCUUUCAGGGCAAUGUGCCUCCGCAAGUUAUCGACGAGGUGGCAGUGGAGGAGGAGCAACCAAAAGUCGGAUGA